GUGCCUGUGUAUGCUGGCGCUCACUGCUUCCUGCUGAGUGGAACAGAUGACCCCCCUUACCAAUACCACGGGGAGAACGGGCUCGGUAACGCCCGCUUCGAGGAGCCGCUGCCCGCAGUCAAACAGCGGCCGGAGCAUGCCGUGACGGCACUCUCUCGCCUCGCCAGCGAGCACAAAGGGGAGCUGACGGUCGUGGCACUGGGACCACUAACAAAUAUCGCCUUGGCUGCACGCAUGGACCAGGAGUUCAUGACGAAUAUCAAUGAUAUCUACCUUAUGGGUGGAAACUACACAGGCCUCGGCAACGUGAAGCCGUCCGGCGAGUUCAACUUCGUCUGCGACCCGGAGGCGGCGAACAUCGUGCUCGCGUCCGUGCGCCGACCCAUCUUAAUCGCCUCGUGGGAGGUCUGCCUCAACCACGGCCUCGACAUGGCGUGGAGGAAAACGGUGCUGGGCGCCGUCGACUCACCCGCGGCCCGCUUCUUCGGAGCCGCCGAGCGCGCCGUGCUUGAGGACCGCACCUUCGGCGACUGGAUCACGUGCGACCAAGCAGCCGCCGCCAUGCUAAUCCGGCCCGAGAUCGUGCUCAAACAGUCGACGCACCACGCCACGGUGGAGCUGCAUGGGAAGCUCACUCGCGGCCUGAUGGUGGUGGACCGGCGCAGCUGGAGCGAGCCCACAGCUCUUGGCAGGAACGUCACUGUGAUCGAGGCUCUCGACCUCGAGCUCUACAAGAAGAUGCUGCUCGACGCGUUCGGCCAUCCGGGGGUCGUGUUCUGAGGCACGCCGCCGCCGCCGCCGCCGCUACCAGUGGUCAACGUUUGACCAUGGCGGAUAGGAUAAGCAUGCCACCAUUAAGGUCAAUAGUCCGGUGUCCUCCAGGUGGUAAAACGUGCAUACUACGGUGUCGCCAAAUAUAUCAAAAAUGCCACGCCGAAGAAACGCGGGGACACUUAUGAGAACAAAUAAAAUUCCGCAUAUUCCCCCUUUGUAGCGAGCUGGAGUCAACCCACAGUGGUCGAAGCUGCAUUGCUGCCCAUGUUAACGAUCCGCAGCGGUCAAGUUAAGCCUUGUGUUCGGCAAAAGACGCUUAGGUGACGCUUGUGAUCGUUAUCGCACAUUCGUUGGCAUGUUGGGGAGAUAAUGCGUGAAAUGAAACUAGUGCAUCUCAAUAUAUUCUGAUUAUUCAGUUACGUAGAACUGGCACUCUGACAAUAUACGGUGUUAUUAUUUGA